GUCGCUUUGACUUCCGGCUGUCUUCCCAGUAGACCGGCAGAGCGCAGUCGGGAGCGGGCGGCGCUCAGGGGGGCUCUCCGGUGACCGCGACCGCGACGGCGGCCUCGCCGGCGGGAUGUUCCGGGGGUUAAGUAGUUGGUUUGGGUUGCGCCAGCCGGCGGCGAACGACGACGAGCAGCCGGUGGGAGAUGGGCAGCCCGCGGGAGACGCUCCGCCCCAACCGCGCCUCGAAGCGGAGGCAGAGUCCCCUGUGCAGGAGGAGCAGCAGCCGGCGGGGGACCAGGAGCUCCUCCACCAGGCCAAAGGCUUUGGCAAUUACCUAUUUAACUUUGCAACGACUGCAACGAAAAAAAUAACCGAAUCAGUUACUGAAACUGCACAAACCAUAAAGAAAUCUGUAGAAGAAGGAAAAAUUGAUGACAUCAUUGAUAAGACAAUAAUAGGAGAUUUUCAGAAGGAGCAGAAAAAAUUUGUUGAGGAACAACAUACAAAAAAGUCUGAAGCUGCUGUGCCCCCAUGGGUUGAUAGCAAUGAUGAAGAAACAAUUCAGCAACAAAUUUUGGCCUUAUCAGCUGACAAGAGGAAUUUCCUUCGUGACCCGCCAGCCGGUGUGCAGUUUAAUUUCGACUUUGAUCAGAUGUACCCUGUUGCCCUGGUCAUGCUGCAAGAGGACGAGCUGCUGAGCAAGAUGAGAUUUGCCCUUGUCCCCAAACUCCUGAAGGAAGAGGUGUUUUGGAGAAACUACUUCUACCGUGUGUCCCUGAUUAAGCAGUCGGCCCAGCUCACUGCCCUGGCUGCCCAGCAGCAGGCCGUGGCAAAGGAGGGGAAGAACAGUGGUGCCAACGCUGAUUUGCCUCUGACAGAGGCAGUACGGCCCAAAACUCCACCUGUUGUAAUCAAAUCUCAGCUGAAAACUCAAGAGGAUGAGGAGGAAAUUUCUACUAGCCCAGGAGUUUCUGAAUUUGUCAGUGAUGCCUUCGAUGCCUGUAACUUAAAUCAGGAAGAUUUAAGGAAAGAAAUGGAGCAACUUGUGCUUGACAAAAAGGAAGAGGAGACAGCUGUAUUAGAAGAGGAUUCUGCAGACUGGGAAAAGGAGCUACAGCAAGAACUUCAGGAAUACGAAGUGGUGACAGAAUCAGAGAAGCGAGAUGAAAACUGGGAUAAGGAGAUAGAAAAAAUGCUUCAAGAGGAAAACUAAUGUUUCCUGAAGUAACUGAGUGAUCCUUAACAGUCCACCAACUGACAUUAAAAUUGUAGAUGUUGACACUCACUGAAUCAGAAGGCAUGGAGUAAAACUUUGUGAAAUUCAGAAUUAUUCUUUCUCAAGUUGAAACUUGCCUCUUCUACUUUUAAAAGCGUAUAUAGAACAGUUAUUCUGGUAAUGAAAAAGGAAUAUCUUAUGUCACAUUUCUUUAAUUAUAAAUCAAGUAAUAGCUGUUCUUUUAGGGUGGUAUGAAUAGCUUUGCCACAGAAACAUAAGUAAAAUUUUAGAGUUGUUUUCCAUGAGGUCAGUAAUCUAAUUUAUUUUACAGUCCCAGUUUUCUAAACAUUUUGUACUCCUCCUUGCAUUUUCAUUAAUUCAUGAAUGUUAAAGUACUUAAAUAGAUUGAUUAUUAUGAAAAUGACCAAAUUAUACCAAAGAAUUUAAAAGGAAGCACUUUCAGAACUUUUUUUCUUGCUAGGUAUUUUGUAAAAUUCCAUCUGGAAGCCAAAAGAUAAAAUAAGUUGGUUUUUAAUGAUAUAAACAUCUACACAAUUUGACAUGACGAAAUGCUGUGCAAACAUACUGAGGCCUUUUCUUUCCUUCCUUCCUCCCUUCCUUCCUCUCUCCUCUCCUCUCCUCUCCUCUCCUCUCCUCUCCUCUCCUCUCCUCUC